AUGGAUAAAGAAACGACAACAAACGAAGCAGAUAAGUUGGAGUGGUUGUCGGACAACGACGGCAACGACACGUCGUCAACCUCAUUGGAAGAAGCUUCGGAUCCUAGUCCUAGGCCUGACCGUAGGGCUUUGAGGCCCGAACUUGAGGACCCAGAAUACGAUCUGACCGAGGAUAGCAAUCACAGACAUAGACAAAGAAUGCUAAACAAGUUCCCUAAAGGACAGACUAUUAUUGUAGAAGUGGUUAGCCCUAUCGACGAGCCCAUACAACCUGAUGGCGUACGCUCCCACUUUGCAAGUGCGAUAGGAGCGGUGGUCCGGGACAUUUUGGAUUGCUCAAUACAGCAUUGGAACAAUGUGCCCGAUAGUGACAAGACCAAGAUAUGGAAGAAGAUGGGAUGA